CCCUAAUUCAUGACUUCGGCACCGUCCUCUCCCUCUGGUCAGGUCACUCUCUGGGACAAAAGCUUUCGCCGGAGACGAGUUCACGGCGAGGACCGCGGAAUUAUCAGAACGAGUACGUCUCUUCACCAAUCAAGCAUGAAACCCUAGAGUUUGUGAUGGUGUAGGUAUGGGUUGCGUUGGGUAAGGUUUUCAAAAUUGACAUCUCUAAUCAAACUCUAGGGUUCCGACGAAGUAAUCAAAUUUACUCUUGGAGUAUUCAGCUAGUCAGAUUUCGAUGCGAGAUCCAGCUCUCGAAUGAUUUCGAGUUGUGAAUCAGACAUUCUCUUGAGACCAAGCAGUGAUACGCCAUGAUUAGAGCGUCUUCGUACGUCAAUAGCUUCUUCAGACAUCGUGCUCGUAGGAAUCCUAAUGCCCAGCUUCGAAAUCUAUCUGUCGACGGUAAGGAUGGCGUUUCUGAGGCCGAAGGAUCGGGAUCAAUCGGCGGUGAAAGAGUUUCGCAGGAUAUUAGUCGGAGAAACUACACGGAGAUGGCUAAAAUCGUCGCUACGAUCACAAGGGAGAAACCGAGAUGGGAGCAAACUCUGGUAUCUGAUUUUCCUUCAUUUAAUUUCGCAGAUCCCUUGUUUUUCCGGGAGCUGGUUGCAACUCAGAACAAUGUGCUUCUGUCUCUGCGGUUCUUUCAAUGGCUGUGUACCAAUCAUGAUUGCACUCCUGACCCCAUUUCCUCUAACAUGCUCUUCGAAGCUCUUUUGGAUGCAAAAGCAGUGAGAGCUGCGAAAAUGGUUCGUGAUAUUGCUGGUUUUAUUCCUGAUUCCGCUUCUCUGGAGCAGUACGUGAAGUGCUUGUGCGGAGUAGGGUUUAUAGAGGAGGCUAUCGAAGUGUAUUUUCAACUGAAAGAGGCAGGGAUUCGUAUAUCAAUUGUAGCAUGCAAUUCAAUUUUAUCAGGUUGCCUUAAAGCCGGAAAAACUGAGUUGCUGUUUGAAUUUUACCAAGAAAUGAUCAAAGCUGGUACUGCAUCUGAUGCUAAUACCGAGACUGUUGGAUGUCUGAUUCAAGCUUUUUGCGAUAGUGGACAGGUUGCAAGAGGCUAUGAGCUUCUGAAUCAGUUUUUGAAAACGGGAUUGGACCCAGGAAAUCCUACAUAUAACAAGUUGAUUGCUGGGUUCUGUCAAGCGAAGAAUUAUGCCAGUAUGUCGGAAGUUCUCCAUACAAUGAUAGCGCGGAACCAUUUGCCAACCAUUUAUACGUAUCAGGAGAUCAUAAAUGGACUUUGUAAGAAUGAGGAGUGUCUUGAGGCUUAUCGGGUAUUCAAUGAUCUCAAAGACAGAGGAUAUGCACCCGAUAGGGUCAUGUACACCACAAUGAUCCAUGGCCUCUGUGAGAUGGGCUCGUUUGGUGAGGCUAGGAAGCUAUGGUUUGAAAUGAUGGACAAGGGAAUGCAGCCAAAUGCGUACACUUACAACACGAUGCUACACGGGUCCUUAAAAAGUGGUGAUUUUGAGCGUGCCUGUGAGCUCUACAAUGAGAUGUGCAAUAAGGGCUAUGGAACAACAACAGUAACCUGCAAUAAAAUAAUCUCCGAGUUGUGCUCACGUGGAAAAUCAGACGAGGCAUUUGAGGUGUUCAAGAAAAUGUCUGAAACAGGCAUCCAGGCCGAUGCCAUCACAUAUAACUCUCUGAUUCGAGGCUUUUGCAAAGAAGGGAAGGUCGAUGAAAGAAUGAACUUGCUCAAUGAGCUCGUGGCCCAAGAUCCGCAGCCUUCUGUUUCCUUGUACGAGUUACUCAUUAUAAAAUCAUGUAAAGACGGGGAUUUUGAAGCAGCAAAACGUCUCUUGGGCGAUAUGAGCUCCAAGGGGUUACAUCCAAAUGCUUACACUUACGACACGAUGCUACACGGGUCCUUAAAAAGUGGUGAUUUUGAGCAUGUCCGUGAGCUCUACAAUGAGACGUGCAAUAAGGGCUAUGGAACAACAACAGCAACCUGCAAUAAAAUAAUCUCUGAGUUGUGUUCACGUGGAAAAUCAGAUGAGGCAUCUGAGAUGUUCAAGAAAAUGUCUGAAACAGGUAUCAAGGCCGAUGCCAUCACAUAUAACUCUCUGAUUCGAGGCUUUUGCAAAGAAGGGAAGGUCGGCAAAAGCAUGAACUUGCUUAACGAGCUCGUGGCUCAAGGUCUGCAGCCUUCCGCUUCCUCGUACGCUUCACUCAUUAUACAAUUAUGCCAAAACGGGGACGCUGAAUCAGCAAAACGUCUCUGGGGAGAUAUGGUCUCCAAGGGUAUAGAACCGCAUGCGAACCUCCGUGAACAUUUGAUCUCUGGCCUUUGCAAGCAAGGUCGUGCAACGGAGGGAAUGGACCGGUUGAUGGGAAUGCUGGAGAAUAAAAUCAAACCAAAGAAGGCUGCUUUUGAGGAUCUGGCCGAGUGCCUGAUUCAGAGUGAGAGGUUUGAUGACUGUUUAUUGGUUUUGUAUAUUAUGAGGAAGAUGGGCUAUGUGAUCAAACGAGAUGUUUGUCAUUCUGUGUUGUCUAGACCUUGUUUGAAAUAGCUCCGGUUCUGUGGGACCUUCUCCUUCGAGAUCACAGAGACAAAAGGCUCAUGUAACUAUUCAUUGAUUAAGCGGUUCUGUAACAAUAGAUCUGGGUCGGUCCAAUUUUUCCA